GAAAAAGGUUCAUUAAUUUACAUAUGCCUGCCUUGUUAAAGAAAGUGUGUAACGCUUGCACCUACUGUUUCAUUCCAUAUAUAUAUAUAUAUAUAUAUAUACUAUAUAUACACACACACACACACACACAUAUAUACAGAGAGCGUAAGUGGAUACCAACUACAGCUGAUUUAGUUUUGACAAAAAGAAAGCAAAAGAGAUCUUUCUCUCACUAUUCUAAGACAGAGAGGAUGGACUUUGGGACAAAAAGAUGCUGUUGUGUCCUAUCAGCCAUCCUGCUCGUGAUAUUUUCUUGUCUGUUUUGCAAUGUCAAAUGCAGCUGUAAUGUGUACCAAGGGAGUUGGGUGCACGACGAGUCGUAUCCACUCUAUAAUUCAUCGGCUUGUCCCUUCAUUCGCAAGGAGUAUGACUGUUUGAAGUAUGGCCGCACUGAUCACCUCUACCUUCAUUUCAGAUGGCAGCCCACUCACUGUGACUUGCCUAGGUUUGAUGGCCAAAAUUUUCUGGAAACGCUUCGAGGCAAGAAGAUUAUGUUCAUAGGGGACUCAGUGAGUGUGAAUCAUUAUGAAUCACUGUUGUGUUUGCUUAAUGCUGCCAUGCCUAAUUCCAGUAUCAGGCAGGACACAAAUGCGUCUCUUCCUACUGUAGUAUUUGAGGAUUAUGGAGUGUCAAUAAUUCUGUCUCAUUCCCUAUUCUUAGUAGACAUUGAACAGAAAGACAUUGGUCGAGUUCUAAAGCUUGAUUCAAUCAAUAAUGGAACGGUAUGGAAAGAUAUGGAUGUCCUGAUUUUUAACACUUGGCUCUGGUGGUACAGAAGAGGAGCUAAGCAACCAUGGGAUUAUGUUCAAGAUGGUGACAGCAUUGUUAAAGACAUGGACCGUAUGGUUGCUUUUCGUAAAGGCUUAACGACAUGGGCAAAUUGGGUUGAUUCUGAUGUGAAUACAACUAAAACCAGAGUCUUUUUUCAAGGAAUUUCUCCUUCCCAUUACAAUGGAACAGAAUGGAAUGAACCAGGAGUGACAAACUGUGGAAAGGAAACAGAACCAAUAAGCGGAUCGACUUACCCUGGAGGUCUGCCAUUGGCAUUAACCGUAGUGGAGGAUGUUUUGAGUGGUAUCAAGAAACCAGUUCAUUUGUUGAACAUAACAACUCUUUCACAGCUGAGAAAAGACGCACAUCCCAGCUCUUACAAUUGGUUUAGAGCCAUGGAUUGCACUCAUUGGUGCAUUGCUGGAGUUCCUGACACUUGGAAUCAACUUCUCUAUACAGCUCUUAUUAAUUAGUUACAACAUAAAUUUCAAUAUGAUACCAAUUCUUAUUGUUUUAGUCAUUCAAAGUAGUUAGCCAGGCCAUUUAAAGGUCUCAUGAAUUUAUUUACAGAAUAAAGAAACCAGCAGAAAUAUAAUGGUAUGAACUUUUUUUUUUUAAUGAUUAGAUGUUUACUUGGGAAUUUAAUGA